AUGGGCGUGCGAAGCCGCGGGUCGAAUCCGAAACGACCAAGGGCGGCGACUGUAUCCGUCGGCGACGGCGACGGCAACGGCGGCGGCGGCGGCGACGUGGACUUGAUUAGCAGCCUCAACGAUGACUUGAUCCUGCGCAUCCUGGAUCUGGUACCGGAGGCCGAGAACGUCGUGCGCACCCACGCGCUCUCGCGGCGGUGGCGUGGCCUCUGGACGGGGGUCGCCGCCCUGCGCUUCGACUUCGACAGCCGCCGAAAGUUGUGCAGGUCAGACGCUGCCGCCGAGAGGUACAUUGCCUUCGUCAACGGCGCUCUCGCGCUUCGUGCUACCGCCGCAAAGGAGCCCGCUUUCGUUGAGGACCUGGCCAUCUCGUUCGACAUAGAUAAACUUUCAGAACAGUUGGUGCCCCUGUCCGUGGAGGCCGCACAGGGAUGGAUCCGUUACGCUGUGCAGCACGCGGUGAAAUCUUUAAUCUUCAAACUGACGCUCCCAUGGCGGCCCUUCGUUGAGCGUCCUGUGAUGACCCUUGAUGAAAGGGAUAGCUAUGCAGACACGGAGAUUAUGCAUUUGAAAUUGGCUGGGGCGGAACUUUGGCUCCCUUCUUCCACAGUGGUCUUCUCGUCCCUUACAGAUCUUUCACUUGUAGACAUAGUUGUGCCAGCCGGUGGUGGCCACCUCCUUUCUCGCAUCCUGUCGUCCGCAUGCUGCCCACGCCUGCACAAGUUUUGGCUUCAGCGUGUGCUCUGGACGACGGAGGAGCUGCUGCUUAUUGAGUCCGACACACUGUUGGAGCUAUCGCUAAAGGCAAUCUUUAAGCUGCAAUUCUUGGAACUCAGAACUCCUAGCCUCCGAGCUCUCUGUGUUGAGAACUGCUUCGAUCUCGAUUUGUUCAUGGUCUCGGCUCCAAGGUUGGAGAAUCUCAUUGCCAUGUGCUCGGCAAAACGACCUUUUCGUCGUAUUGACGUCCAUUGUCACUUGUCAAGCGUGGAAACCCUCAAGAUUCAAUUGUUCUCACGUGGAGGGACCGAGACCGGCUACAAUGAGGACGUAAAUGAUGGUAGCAUUCAUCUCCUGCAAUGCUGUAGAUCAACUAGAUGCCUUGAAGUGUCUUUUAAAGUUUCAGAGGCAAAGUAUAACACUGUUGACAUAAUAAAAGGUAGGAUUCUGCUGCUUCCUCAUGUGACACACUUAGCAGUUUAUAUUGAACUAUGGGAGCGACAUUCCACUGGACCUGGCGUAGCAUGUCUCCUUGCACAAUGCAGCAAUAUUAAAUAUCUCAGCCUACAGUUACGCUACAUCAUUACUAAGGAGAACCGAUCAGAAUUGGAUUUCUUAUGUGAUAAUAAUUCGUGCCAUUGGAAAUCCCGUGAGUUCUUAUUAGCUCAUCUUCAGGAAGUAGAGUUCAAGAAGUUGAUGGGAACUGAUUGUGAAUUCCAGUUCAUUCAAUCCAUACUGACAAAGGCAACAGGAAUUCAGAAGGCGUACCCGCGGACGAGCAGCGACGCCAUGAACGAGCUCACCUGCGAGACCCUCUCGGUAGCCUCGUACACCUGCGGCCGGGUCUGGUGCAUCUUCCGUAUCUGCGGCCCCGUGCUGCGCUGGUGCGCGCGGCACCCCGUGAGCCUCGCCAGGCGCAGGGACCCGACCAUGGCCGCUGCUGUCCAACCACACGGGCGACUCCAGCGCCGCGAGCGCGCCCGCGGCCGUGAGCUGCGGCGCCAGGCCCUCGCUGGCGGCUAG